GACAAUUUAUAAAUUUAAAUAAAUAAAUUCAUCAAUUAAAAUUAUGAAAUUUAAAAAAAUGCGCGUAAUAAUUUUUUAAAUAUUUAAAUACGCAAUUUUUAAAUUUUAGUUUGACUUACAUUUUAUUUAUUUAUUCAAAAAUUUAAAAAAUUCCCAACUGUCAGCUACAUUCACACUCAUUUUUUUUUUUUUAAUACCGAGAACUGACAGGUCACAAAUAUCCUUCUUUGUGCUAAAUGACAGAUAAGUCAUUUUAUUUUUAUUUAUUUAUAAAUUUUAAAUAAAUAAUUAAUAAGUAAAUUUAAAAAUUUAAAAAAUGAGCGCUUAUGAAAAAUUAUAUUCUAUUUAAAUUUAUAUUUCAAGCUGUAAGUGUGAAAUGGUAAUUUUGAUUAUAACCUGAGUAAGAUUUACUGAUAAUAAAAAAUGUUGAAACCAAGAGCUUUGAUGCAAGUUCUGAGCCAGGCAAAUACUGGUGGUGUUGAGAACACUUUAUUACUUAGCAGAGAUGGUGGUCUUUUGGCUUACAGUGGAUACGGUGAUAAAGAUGCCAGAGUAACGGCUGCAAUAACGAGUAAUAUUUGGUCAGCUUAUGAAAAAAAUGGACGUAAUGCUUUUAAAGAAGAUGAGUUACAGUUUGUUUUAAUGGAUUGUCAGGAAGGUAAAGUUGUAAUAACAGAAGUAGCAAAUUUAUUACUAUGUCUUUAUGCAAGAGAAAAUGUUGGCUUUGGAUUGCUGAGAGAAAAAGCACAAGCUCUUGCUAAAUAUCUUGAUCAGCCAUUAAAAACAAUAGCAAGCAUGCCUUAAAUUUUAAAAUACUGUUUAAAAUUAAUUAUGAUAUUUAAUAAUCAAUAAUAACUCAUGACUUUCUUACAUAUUUUAUAACAAAAAUUGUAUAUAAAAAAUAUGUUAAUUAUUAAAUAAAUAAAUGAUAUUCACAUGAAAAGUUUUUUAU